CGAUGUUUCUUUGCAGCAAAAAAUGGAUAUAAAAAGUAUUUGUUCUGUAUCGCUAACGUAGAAUAUCUUGAGUUCGACUUGCAAUAUCAAUUAGUAACGCAUAUACGUUCAUUGUGUCAGCAAGAGAACCAAUUCAAUUUAGCUUUGAUAUGCUGUCGUGAAAAAGGCAUGCAUCAUCAUAUACUUGACCAAUUUUCUGAAUGUGUUCAUGUGACUGAAGGACUCGACGCAGAGUCUAUGCGAAACAUCUAUAAAGAAUUAUGUCCGAAUGUAGUUGCGGUUUCUUCAGAUUUAUCUGGACAAGGAAAGACUGAAUGGAUUAAGGAACGUAGUUUUGAACAUGAUUUAAUACCAAAAAGCUUUUUGAUUAGUGAUGGCAUGACAUUUGGAGAACUUGUCCGAAGAUUAUCUGGAACUGAAUUCCGAGAAUUUGAAAGUUUGCAUCUUAAUAUAAUGUUAAUAGACUAUCCUUACGAAGUAAAUAUGUUUUUAUUUGAAUUAUUGUCCCUUAGAAUAGUAAGAAAUGGAAUCAACCUUGCUUGUAUUCCAUCGACAUUCAUAUUUAUAGAAGUUGCCGCUACCAUGGAACAAUAUUUGUUAAAUUCAUUACCAAUCACAGGAUAUUUAACAAGGCAACAUUUGACAUGGAAUAUCAAUGAUCUUGUUAUUUCUUAUAAUCAUAAUAGCUCGACUCAAAUAGUUGCAAGAUAUUUAGAUGCAUAUGAUCGAAACAUCAUUAAUGGAAUAGAUAUUGAUUUCACGGAAGAAGAUGAACCAAUGCCUCAAGAACGUUGUCAGCAACUUUUUCAGAAUUAUUUCUUUAGAAAUCGUACUCAAGAUGUCAGGUCUUACCGUUUUCUCGAGAUAUUUGUUAACGUUCUUGCAGAUCAAUUAUUACGGAUGUCAUCAAGUGCAUUUUUCCGUGUAGAAUUACUGAACCAGAUGGUAAAUGAUCAAAAUAUCAGAAAAACCUUACAGGAAACUCUAAUGGACGUUUCUUCUGAUUUUGCAACACGCUCUGUGAACUCUAAAGCAGAUCGAUUAAAAAACUUAUCUGAUGCACCCAAUGCAAAUUUAGGAACUAUUAAACAUUGGGAAGAUUCAAAUCAUUUACUAGUAUUUUUCUUAUCGCAAACACCUGACUCUAUCUGCGCUCUUUACCGUGACAGAAAUAAGGUACCGCAAAAUGUUAAAAACUUGCUAAGUAGUCAGAAUGUUGGGACAGCCGGAAGAGUAACUAGGGAAUUCAUACUAGAUAAUUAUGAAGAAAUGCCUCCAGAUAAGAUUUUGGAAAAACUAGAAUGUUUAGCACGCAAUACACUUGAAGAACGUAAAUAUCCACCAUAUGCGCUUUCUGCAGAUAAUCUUUUAAAAAUGGCAUUAAUCCUUUUACGAGCUCGUGCUAAUGUUCCUGUAGUUUGUUGUGGAGAGGCUGGGUGUGGGAAGACAAGCUUAAUCCAGUUUUUAUCAAUAGUUGUAAAUGUUGAGUUCGAAGCUCUAAAUUUACACGCUGGUAUAAAAGAACAAGACAUCCUGGAUUUCAUGAAUGAAGCUGAAAAAAUUGCACAAGAACGUCAAAUAUGGUUAUUUUUUGAUGAGAUAAAUACAUGCAACCAUAUAGGGUUGCUGGCUAAUCUUAUAGCACAUAGGGAAAUUUUUGGCCGAAAAAUCCAUCACAAUAUCAGACUCUUCUCAGCUUGCAAUCCAUAUCGAUUACGACUAAAAAGUGACACACAAGCAGGUCUUUUGGCAAAAAGAUAUGAGGAGCAUAGCAAUUUAGUUUACCAAGUUCAUCCGCUUCCUGACCAAAUUCUGGAUUACGUUUGGGAUUAUGGUGUAUUAAAACCAUCAGAUGAAAAAAUCUAUAUUAAUAUUAUGGUUAAGAAAUAUUUGGAGAAAGAAAAAUUAACAUCCAAAUUAUUCUCUGAAUUGUUAUUUGCUUCACAAGAAUUUAUUCGAUCUCAUGAAGGUGCUCAUAGUGUUAGUUUACGAGAUGUAAAACGUGCCAUUACUCUUGUUAAACAUUUUCACGAGACACUAAUUAAUCGUCCACGUCCUAAUCAACGUUCUAAUCGUCCCUACUCUCAAUAUCCUUCUUCACUUAAUGGAAUGGAAAAGGAUGUUGGAAUUGUCGUCCGGUCUUAUAUCCUAGCUCUAUAUCUUAGUUAUCAAGUUAGAAUAUUUGAUCAAACAUUACGUACACAAUAUCGCGAAAAAAUAUGCAAAAUAUUCAAUGAAUUCAAGACAAAACAAAUAACACGAAACAUGACAGAAGAGAUUUUUAUAAAGAUUAUUAAAGAUGAACAGAAAGAUUAUAUCAUUAGGAUGACAAAACCACCACAAACUGCGGAGAACGAUGCGUUGCUUGAGAAUGUGCUCGUAAUGAUUGUUUGUAUAUUCACCAAAAUUCCCGUAUUUAUUAUUGGUGCACCUGGGGCUUCAAAAUCAUUAGCAAUUCGUUUAAUUAGCCAGAACCUUCGCGGUGCUGAUUCAGAUGAUCCGUAUUUUAAGACAUUGCCGCAAAUUUAUAUUAUUCCAUACCAAGGCUCGUCUUCAUCCACUUCUGACGGUAUUAUUAAGGUCUUCAAAAAAGCACAAAAUUAUCAGACGACUAGUUCUAAGGAAUAUCCUCUAAAUACCACAAGUCCACAUAAUCCAUUGAAAGUUCUGCAUUCUUUGCUUGAACCAAGUUAUCCAGCCGAAUAUCCGAAUGUUUCAGUUGUUGGUAUAAGUAAUUGGAGAUUAGAUAAUUCGAAAUCAAGUAGAGCGUUGUUGGUGCAAAGGCCUAAAUUUGAAGAACAAGAUUUAAUUGAUACAGCAGAUAGAUUAUUUGAAAAUAAUAAAGCAUGGUCAAAACGUUUUAAUUUUUUUAAUUUUAAGGAUGCAAAACUCGAGGCAUUGGCUAACUCUUAUUUAGAGUAUGAAAAAAAACAGCCUAUUGAUAAUUUUCAUGGACUUCGAGAUUAUUAUUCGUUGGUAAAAAGUCUUGGCUGUAGUGAGCUUACACCAGAAUCCAUAAAAAUGGCACUAGCAAGGAAUUUUGGUGGAACAAACCAAAUGGACAAAUUGUAUGAUGAGCAUUUUGUCAAUGUUUUAAAAGCAUUUAAUGCGACCAAUCACCAUCAAAUUCAAUUUUCUGCUGAAGACCUUAUCAAAGCAAACCUUAAAGAUAAAAAUGCUAGGCAUCUAAUGUUAAUCGGUAAAAGUGAUUCCAUUGUCAAUAUUUUGACAUAUAAAUUGAGAUAUUGGAAUGAGGAGCUUUCGGAAAGGAACGACCUUGAUGCUGUUGAUAAUGUGACAUCUUGGGAUCUAGAACCUGUAGUAAUUUAUGGAAGUCAAUUUCCUGACGAUUGUGAUGACGAUUAUCAGUAUGGAGUAUUGAGUCGUAUUAUGAUGUGUGUUGAAGCUGGAAGACCACUUAUAUUGACAGAUCUUGAAAUUAUAUAUGGAAGUCUUUAUGAUUUGUGGAACCAAAAUUAUAUAACUGUUGGCAAAGAAGGUGAUAUAAAAUAUUAUACGCGUGUGGCAUUGGGUGCUUAUUCGAAUCCAAUGGUUUGCGUGCACGAAAACUUUCGUUGCAUUUUGGUACUUGAUGAGAAAAAUGUAAACCUAGCAGAUCCGCCGCUUCUAAAUCGAUUUGAAAAACAAAAAAUGUCGAUUAACGAUGCUUUAGAUGAUCAUAUGGAAAGAUUAGUAGAAAGACUUGCUGAUUGGUCACAGCAAAUUUCAAAUUACAUAAAGAAGGGUGACACGUCUAAAUCCGAAUUUAAUGAGCAUGAUAUUUUUAUUGGGUUUGAUAAAGAAGAAACCUUACAAAGUUUGGUUAUUUAUAAUUGCAACAACAAAGAAAUUAAUAAUGAUGAUGAAACAAUUCUGAACAAGUGUAAAGAAUUAUUAAUAGGCAUUGCAACAUCAGAUGGCAUUGUGCGAUCAAAGGAAUCUAUGCUAUCAGUUACAAAUCAUGAAGAAACCCAAAAUUGGUAUAAUUUCUAUUUUCACGAGCAACAACAUGAAAACCUUUUCAAAUAUAUUCAGUCAUUAUUAAACAAUACUGAAGAUAUUAUGAAUAAUCAAGGGUUCAAAGUAAUAAUUAACACGUUCUCAAACAUCAAUACUGACAUAUCUUUCUGCUUGAAUGAUAUCUUGACAUAUCAAGUUGACAAGAUUUCAACAUUCAAAUCCGAAGCCCAAUUACAAAAUCGAAUUAAACAUUUCUGGUUAGAAUCAGAUGAUGAAAUAUUAAUCCUUCAAUGUGAUCUCUCAAUCGUUAAUUCUGGAUGUGUUAAACUUGCAAAGUUCAUUAUUGAACAAUGUAGAAAUGAAUAUUUGUCUGCAGACAAAUUCUCAGAAAACACUAAGCCAUUAAAACAUGUUUGCAUAAUUCUUCAUGUGCAACGAAAAAAUGAUACUAAGCCAUCAUUUAAUUUUAUGUGUGGUUGGGAUUUGGUUACAAUUGAAACCCUAGAACCUCAAAAACAUCACCUCUUGGAUUAUCUAGAUGGAAAUAUGUCUCAGAUACUUGACAAUACAUAUAAAUUUGAAGAGAUUAUUGAGCAAGAAUUAUUUUGGUGCUUGCUUUGUAUGCGAUUUCAAUCUCCUAAAUCCGUUGAUUAUAUAAAAUUUCUCUACAAACAAAUUCCACGUCAUACUACAUUAAUUGAAUGUUUAAAGAUUAGAUCACUUGAAUGGCUUCAGGAAAAUGCGCCCGAAAAUUGGCAAUUCCAAGUCGCAACAAACAAAACUGACUUACAUUUAUAUUCAUCAUUUUCUAUUGCUCUUCAAACAUAUAUUCGUAAUCUAGUCAGAAAACCAAUUGCAAAACUUCUUUGUGCACUGGAAAGAUUAUCAGGUCUUUCGACUCUUUUUAAAAAUAAUCACUUGGAACAAAAUCUACAUGUAGAUGAAGCCAUAGUUAAUUUACUUACAUUUUGGGAAAAAGUAUUUAUGGAUCCUAAAAUUGUUAAUAUCGAAUUCAUGCUAGAUCCACGACCAGAUAGAUACUUUAUACAGAAUAAAAAACAUUAUUUAGCAUUUCCUUUCUCAACAUACAUCAUGGGCCAAAUUGAUAAAUUCAAAAGAUUAUAUGAAGAAGAUUUAGCCAUGUUAGAAGAAAAGGAAGAAAACUUAGAUGAUACUGGAGAGCUAAAAGCUACUAUUAUUGAUGAUUGCAUAGAAAGAUUUUCUGCAAACAUAAUGUCAGCAGUUCCAAUAUUGAAUCAUAAUAUGGGACAACAAAUACCAAAUCCUUUUAGACUUCAUGUAUAUUGGUGGGAUAAUUCUGAAAUUGCAUUAACUGAAUUACAACUAUCAAUAUUAUGCCCUACGGUAAUCGAAGAAAUGCUUGAAUUGGAAUUUGAACAGAGCAAAGAAAUGAACUUUGAACGAGAUUUGUUGGAGAAAAUUGCAAAAAUAAUGAUAGAAAAGCUUUGUACGAUUGAUACAAAUGAUAUAAGACCGGACGACAAUUCCAACAUCCUUUUCCAUUCCAUUAA